AGGCCGCACUCCACUGAUCAUUUCAAAUCCAAGUGGCAAACUGACUACUUACUUCUCACCGACUUUGGGUUGCCACCUGAAAUUAGAAUCAAGCCAUCCCAAGGCCCGUGAUUGGGAUUGGAGGUUUUAAUAAAGGUUUGUCGAAUGCUAGUGGAAACCCGCAUCAAUCAAUGUCCGUGGAAUUUCUGAAUCACCUUCCAUCCUAGUUACGGUUAGCCCUGAGCAUGAUUCGUCAACGUCUCGGGGGAGCUCAGGCUUUCCAGAUCAAUUGCACGCCACCGGAGGAGAAGAAACGCCGCCAGAAGAGGCGGGAACAAGAAGCCAGUCAUGAAAUGGUCACUUUGCUUCUCGUCCCGUUUUGUUCCAUUCCUCGGGUGGCCUUUGAAAAUAUCAAGUUGGGUCAAGCCGCUGUGAGGCAUGUUACCAUUCAAAACCCGGGCCAUAAGCCGCUUAAGGUGGCCUUGUCGUCCAUGCCCAAGUCGGAUCGGGGCUUUGAAGUAGAUUUUGCCCAGUUUACACUCCCUGGACGUCAUGAGGUGGUGCUAAGGGUUGGAUGGGUGCCCCAGAAAGGUGGGAACGUGAGGGAAAAAAUCGGUGUCAAGUAUGGAUCAUGCAUGACCCAGAUUCUGUUGGUGGGCUCAUGUCUAGCCCCCAUUGAGCAGCCCAAGUCUCUCAAGCCCAAACGUGCACCUCUGUCAUCAUCAAAUUUGAGCCGUCAUCGUUCGAGCGUCCGAGAAACUAAGGCAGCCGUAACACCUAAACCCACCGUGACCUUGCCGAAGAAUCCUAUUGAACGCGAGGUAGAAGCACAACCCACGUUUCGACCGCUCUCGACCGACGAUGUCGAGAAUCAAGCGCCCAAUCGCUUUUUGUCGGUACCAGCCACGCCCCAUCAAACGACGCAAUCGUGGUCGCCCCAAAAGGUGGCUCACAUUUCCCAAGAGGCGGCUUUGAAUGAGACCAGCUUUUUAGUGCCGAAACAGUUUCCUUUUCAACGGCCAGCCACGGUUUUACCCGGUGAUGCUCGGCAACCUGGAAGCGAUCCUUCAUCAGAGAAUCUCCGUAGAGAAACUUUUGUUAAGGACCCGCCGAGUUUCCUGAGCUCUACCCCUGCGCCGUCAUCGGGUGAUAUCUUCAAGUUCUAUGAUGUGUCGGCCAUUAAGAAUGCUAGCAAUCUUUGCGUGCAACAUAAGACGUCCCAAUCGGCGGAAAAGUGUUCCACUUCUAAAGAGCUCAAAUUUGAUGAAGUCACGGAAAGUCAUUCAGAAUUGCCUCCAUUCAAAAUGACCGGCGAAGCACUUGGUGAGACCGACGAGAGAGCUUUUCGACGUGAGACUUUCGUAGUGGAUGAGAUUCGCCAAGAAAAUACGCAACAACAGAUGCAACAACAAUGCUACCAUCAUGAAAACCAACAGCAACAAAAGGGUUAUCACCAACAAUAUCAUAUGCAUCUUGAACAGCAGUCUGUUGCGGUAAGCAAAUAUAAGUUGGACGAUGUCUCCCAACUUGUUCACCGAGUCAUACUCGAAGAAGGGGAAGACGAAGAAAUUGAGGAUAAGGAUGAAUUGGAAGUUAAAAAACCAGAGUUUGAGCGAUCAUCGAACGAAUCCAACGAUAUUUCUCUACCUAACUUAGCACGAGAUCAUUGUGAAACUGAGGAAGACUCUUUGAUUGAAGACAUCAAGUUAGAUGACGUAUCACUUUUGAUUAAAGAGGCUAUGAACAUCACAGAAGAUUUGGAGAACGACCAACAUGAAGGCCAAAAAGAAGAUAUUCCCGAUCCAUCCUUGUGUGAGUUACAACCCAACCGAACCUACGAUAAAGAAGACGAGCGUAAAGAGCCAAUGAAUUUGACAUUUGAAAAAGAUGCCGAGAUCUCUGCCCCAAAAGAUCAUUUUACCACCAAUGAAACCCAGGAUAAUGUUCAAGAAUUGGAUGAAACGUCAGAAAAAUCGUAUGACAGGGGAUUUCAACCAAUGUCGACUCUGUAUGAAGAAUCGUCUAUUCCCGAAUCUUUUGCUCAAUCCUCGCGAAACCUGACACAAGCCAAGAAUCAAUCCGUGAAACAUGAAUUUUCGUCCUACAAUUCGAAGAAAUUGGUCUCCACUCUUUCUGGUACAACUCAUUCGAGCCAGUUUUGCGAGUACAAUGAGAACGAGGAAUGCGUUCAAUACUCUGAGAUUGAAACUAUUCAAGAAGUUGAGGAAAUGUGGGAGGAAAUUGUUCAAGAAGAAAGGCACAAAUUGCUUGUUGAGGAUGUCGAAGUCCAAGAAGAAUCUCGGCUCAUGGAUGUUUCCCUUUUAAUCCAAGAAGCCAUCAGCAACGAAGGUCAAGAAGUUACCAUGCAAGAAAUGAACGAGGAAGAAAUCCAUCAUCUUGAACAAGAGGCUGGAAUUGAGGGAUCUUGGAAUGAAAACGAGCGGACUUUCGACAAGACACCAGAAACCGCCGAGAUCAUUGAGCAACGCGAUGCCUCCAUCGUGUUUCCCUACCCCGUUCAAGAUCAGAAGGAAGCCAGUGUGUUGGAAAAGACAAGUCCUACUGAAAUGAAAAGCUCUAUUCUUGAGCCAUUAAUGGAGUCUCAUCUUGAAAACGACGAAGACAUAACGAAUGUGUUUCAUCUUCAACCUAAAGAGUCCCUCCCUUGUGAGAGCACGCCAUAUCGUGGGAGUCCUAGGCUUUCGGAAGUGUUGCCUCUCUCUAGUAGCCGUGCUCAAGAUCUCGAGACUUUGUCUCAAAUGGCAACGCAAUCCGUCCCGGCUCCAAUUCAAAGCAACGAAAAGAACGAGCUUGUUCGAGAAGAAUUACCCGCUCACUUUUUUGAAAUCACUUUUGACCAACCGUCAAAGCCUGUCACAGGUUUGUCUGAUACUACUUUUAAGACUGCCAAAGUACCCUUGAAGCAUCCCCGAAGAUCUGAGCCCGUUCCGAAGAUGGCAAUUUCCAAGACAAAGCCAGGCAAUGUGGCCAAAAGGGACAAGUCCGUGGCUAAACCUCGAGCUAACGAGACGUUUUCCUCCGUGAAACGACCUAAGCAAUCUCUGCAACGCUUGACACUCAUUAAACCCAUGAAGUCUGCUCAGAGUCGAGCAACCGUGCGACACCCCAAUCCCUUUGCAGCCAAGAACAUGUAUUAUGACGAGCGAUGGAUCCAGAAGCAAGAGAGUGGUUUUACCCGGUGGCUCAAUUUCAUUCUGACCCCCGAAGCUCUCGAUGAUAGAGAUGACCCUACAGCCGUUCCCGGGAAGAUCGAUGUAGCCAAAGUGUGGAAAGCAUGAUCGUCGAAUGUUCGUGUUCCACGGGCACCCACUCGAGAAGUUAUGUCCAUGAGAGCUUAUACGGUUCGUCGGAAAAUGAACCAGUUGAGACGACAUGCCUGCACUCUGUGGCAGACUCCAGGGGUUGCGCAAGUCAUCACCAAGGUUGAGAUUGAAAUCGAGAAAAAGGGACUGAUUAUUAGGAAAGACAAGAGCCUGAACAAGGACGUCGGCAUGAAGAAGAGCUUCCUCGAGCUACUCUUGAGCUACAACCCACUUUGGCUAAAGAUUGGACUUGAGACCAUCUAUGGCGAGCUUCUCACCUUCACUGCUUCGGAUGCGAUCGGUUUGAGUCAAUUCAUUCUCACACGAAUGCUCUCCAAUCCAGAUAUUCAAACUCAAUUUGCUCAUCCUCACGUACCUCAUCAUUUUGGACCCGGUUACGAAGAAGCACUGAAGCAAUACACCUUGAAAAAGUUCCUUCAAGUGGUGUUCUUUUUGGAUCAAGCCAAGAGCCACCGUCUGAUAAAGCACGAUCCAUGUCUGUUUUGCAAGGACUCCAAGGUCAAGAUGUCCAAAGAUAUUCUUGUACAAUUUUCGAGAGACUUUCUGGCUGGCGAAGGAGAUGUAAUCAAGCAUCUGGCUUACUUGGGUUUUCUUGUCAAUCACAAGCAAACUCCUCUUGACGAGUUCGACUAUGCUGUAACCAACCUUGCUGUCGAUCUCAAGGAUGGAAUCCGUCUCAGUCGUGUUGCUGGCCUAUUUACCUCUCAAGAGCUGAGUGACAAAUUGCGAAUGCCCGCUCAAUCAAGACUCCAAAAGGUGCACAACGUUGAGUUGGCACUCAAGGCUUUAAGAAACACCGGCAAUGGGAUUCCCAAAGAUAUCGAUGCUCGCAGUGUCGUGGACGGCCAUAUGGAGAAGACCUUAUCACUCAUGUGGCAUAUCAUUUACGGAUUCCAAUUGGACAGAAUACUUAACGAAGGACGACUCCAGACAGAGGUCAAGCAUCUGUUCAAGAGUCUUGAGUAUCGACGUCAGAUUGGGGAUCAAGAAGCUGCCAAGGGCCUGGAUUUCAUCUUGGAUUGCAAACGUCGUUCAUUGGCCGAAGAAUUUGGAAAAACUCCCGCAAUAGCUCCGCUUGAAAAUGAUUGGAUGAAUUCUUCCAAAAUAAAACUUUUGCUCGAAUGGGCACGCCUCGUAUGUGCCCAUUACGGCCUGGAAGUGGAAAAUCUGACUGUGUCGUUCUCUGAUGGACGAUGUUUGUGCUUCAUGCUCCAUCACUACUAUCCAAGCUUCCUCCCCCGAGAUCAAAUCCAAAUGCGAACCAUGAUGGCCCAACAACAAGGAAGUCCUGCCUCCUCAAACUCUCCGAAUCUAAAUUGCUCUCUCGACGAUUCUUUCGGAGCUAUGACGUAUUCAUUUGGCCGAACACCACAACUCUACGACGAACUUCUUAACAACGAAAAAGCUAAUUUCAAGCUUAUUCAUGACAAGAUAAACGAAUUGGGAGGGGUGCCCUUACUAAUUCGAAGUGGAGACAUGAGCAACACCAUCCCUGAUCAAAAAGUCACAACUACAUUUUUGAUCUAUUUGGCGGCUCGGCUACUUGACCUGUCUGUUGAAAUGACGGCUGCCAGAACAAUUCAACUCGCCUGGAGAAAGUACCACGUCAAUCAAGUGGAGAAGCAAAUCAAGAGAUGCCAUGCGGCUGCCAAAGUCAUUCAAUUGCAUGCCAGACGCUGGUUACGUAAGAUCCACGUCCGAAAAUACUUGAAAGCGACCCUAGUUAUUCAGAGAAGCUAUAGAAAGUGUGUCUCUCGGAGGAAGUUGUUGAGUACGAUAAAUGGCAGAGUCGUCUUGAAGAGGCAGGCGAAAGAGUUGGCUCUCCACGAGCUCUGGAGACAAUCGGCAAUAAUAAUUCAAAGCGCAUGGAGACGACACAUUUGUCGGAAACACUUUCUAUCCCUCCGAAGAAGUUGCUUGAUGCUCCAGGCCAUGAGAAGGAGGAAAGUCUUGAAAGCCAAGGCUGACUAUGUGCUCAAAUUCAAAGCCGCCACCAUCAUCCAAAGAGCUUGGAAGCGGUUCCAAGUUGUCCAAAAAUAUCAAGUUAUGAAUCAAUCUGCCACCACGAUUCAAGGCUGGUAUCGUCAAAUCCUAGCUAAACGAGUUUUGACGAGCUUGUUGGUAGCCAAACGGCAACAAUCGUGCGUGAAGAUUCAAUCUUGGAUUCGAAUGGCUUUGAUUCGCCAAGACUACUUGAAACGAAAACGUUCUUCCAUUCUCAUUCAGAAGCUAUUUCGAGGCCAUAAAAUUCGGAAUCAGUUUAGCAUGGCCAAACAGAUUGCCCAUGAAACGGUGUUGCCCCUAUUCAAAUCCAUCGACGAAAAACUGCACUAUUGCUUGCAUUCAAUUGAGCAAUUCGAUCAACGAGCAAUUGAAAAAGCUCAGCUUGUUCGAAAGUAUCUGGUUGCUAAUCAGUUUGAAAACGAUGAGGAUGCUUCGUUGUCCAAUGCCUUACACAGGACAUUUUCCCGAAUUCAAAUGCAACGAAUCGAGAGUUUGGAAAAAAGUGCCAUCAUUCUGCAACGAUGUGUUCGUGACUGGUUUCAAAGACUUCACAACGCUAAGAUGAAUGAAUCCUCGCAGCUUAUUCAACGAUGGUACAGAAGAAUCAAAUCGCGACGAACAAUGAUCAAUGUUUUAAACCAAAGAAUUGCACUCAAAAAACAAGCCAGGGAAAUGGCUCUCCAACAACUAAGGCAACAUUCAGCCACGAUAAUUCAAAGCCAAUGGAGGCAAUAUAUUUGUCGAAAACGAUACCUGUCGUUACGACAAAGUUGCCGAAUGCUUCAAGCAAUGAGACGAAAGAAAAUUCUAAAAGUCCAAGCUGAUCAAAUCUUGAAGUUUAAAUCUGCAUUGACUAUUCAGCGUGCUUGGAAGCGUUUCCAAAUGAUCCAAGAAUUAAGAAAGGAGAUGAAUUCUGCACUGGUGAUCCAAUGUUGGUAUCGUCAAAUUCAAGCUCGACGAAUGCUACAAUGUUUGAAAGAGAGGCAAAAGCAACGGGCUUGCUUAAAGAUUCAAACGUGGUUCAGAACAAAGAAGGAACGUAAAAAGUUCGUCCGGAUCCUGGAGACAGUCAUAGUCAUUCAAAAACGUUGCAAAGGAUUGCUUGUGAGGAAGUCCUUUGAGGCCGUCAAUGAGGUUUCCUCCUGGACUAGUUUACCUGUCUGCGAGACCAAAGAGCAAAAGGUUGACCGAAUUCGAGAUUGGAUAUCCAAAAUUACAAUGAUUUCGAGAAGGCAAUUGAAAUCAGCUCUUAUUGGAACAGAUGAUGUGAAUGGCUACGAACUUGCCUUACGAAAGCAUCACCACAAGCUUGUUCAUCGCCAGAAUUUGAAAUUUGCCAUAGCUGCCAAUUUGAUUCAGGCUUCAAUCGUUCGAUGGCUAAAUGUCUUGAGAUUUCGACGAAGAACCCAUGCCGCGUUGGUUAUUCAAAAGUUCUACUCAGAAGCCAAAACUCGAGAGGCACUCAAACUCGAAAUCAACCGGAGAAUUUCUCACAAGCGUUUGUUAGCACUGAUCAAUCAACGAAGACGGCUAAGAGCCUCCGUACUUAUUCAGAGAGCUUGGCGCGAACGUCAAUCUCGUCUAGCUUGGCAACGGCGAAAUGACGCGGCAAUCGCCGUUCAAUGUUGGUUCCGUAGAAUCUGCGCGAAAGAGAUCCUGCAUCAAUUGAUCAUGGAGCACCGAAAUCGGGCAGCCGUUAAAUUACAAACAUGGAUGCGAAUGUGUUUAGCCCGGAAGCAGUUCUUGAGACUAUUGAGGGCGACUUUGAUAUUCCAGAAAGCAUACCGCGGACAAAAACUGCGAAAAACCAUCAGAUUGACGCACAUGAUAACGAACGCCACUCUUUUGCCAUUGCAUUUGCCGUUAACGGCGAAAAAUGCACGCUUCCUUGAAAACUUACCCAAUCUAUGCGUUGAUGCGGGAGAAAUAAGUCUUUGUCAUCGAAUCAUUGAGUGUCUGCAUCCGGAAAGUGAUUACCAAACUUGUAACGAUUUCGAAACUGCCGUGAUUCUCUGUCAUCAGGCUUGCGUUCAAAAACGUGUGAUUAGUUGUCACGAGGCGUCUAUUCUCAUUCAAAGAUCCGUCCGAGGAUGGUUAGCACAAACUAGAUUUUCUCGCCAACGCCAAUCGGCUAUAGUUAUACAGCAAUUCUACAAGAAAAAUAUGGCCAGGCGUAAUCUCAUCCGUAUCAUCACCAAGAGGAUACUCGUGAAGAGAAAAGCCAAGGAAAUUGCCAUUCAAAGGGAACGAAACCAAGCCGCAACCGUGCUCCAGAGUCAUUGGAGGCGUUUCGUGCUACGCACUCAGUUCUUGUCCCUUCGCCGGUCUUGUCUUUUGAUUCAAGCGAUUGCUCGAAGAAAGAUUCUAAAGAUCAAAGCUGAGCAAGAGUUGCGAGUUCAAUCAGCUUUCAUCAUACAAAGAGCUUGGAAGCGACUUCAAUCGAAGCGAGAAUGGGAAAGGAACAAUUGUGCGGCAAUUUCGAUUCAGUGCUGGUAUCGCAAAAUCUCAGCUCAGCGAAUUGUCUCCGAAUUGAGAGAUAUUAGAAGACAAAAGGCGUGCUUGAAGAUUCAAUCGUGGUUCAGAAUGAGGAGACCUAGAGAAAAGUUCAUUGCCCUCUGCAAGGCUGCAAUCACUAUUCAAAAGUGGUUCCGUGGAUUUGUUGUGAGGAAAUCCUUCAGACUGGUUCGAGAGAUCCAAACGCAAACUUUGCUUCCACUAUGCUCAAGUUUUGAUGUGAACUGGUCGCAAUGCGAAAUGGGAGCACAUGAUCAAGAUUCACGGAUAACCAAGGUUUUCGCUUGUUUAUGCUCUAAAAGUGAUUUAAAGUCAUCUUUAGACUUGGCUUUGGAGAGACACUACAAUCAAAUUCGGGAAAAUCGAAUGUUGGAGUUGAAUAAAUCGGCUGAAACAAUUCAAAGAGCCAUUAGAAGAUGGCAACGAACGUGCCAAAUACAAAGAGAACUUGAGGCCUGCAUCAAAAUUCAACGCUUCUUUCGCAAAAACAAAUCGAGACACCGAUUGAACAACACAAUAUUACACCGCAUCAUCGCAAAGCAGGUUGCUCGUGAGGAGAAAAUGCAAAAUGCCGCACUCUUAAUCCAGACUCAAUGGAGGCGAUAUGUUUGUCACAGAAGAUAUAUUACCUUACGAAGAAUGUGUUUAAGGAUUCAAUCCAGUCUUCGGGACAAGAUCCAAAAGGCCAAAGCUCAUCAUGAACUCGAAAUCAAGGCUGCUAACAUCAUUCAAAGAGCGUGCCGAAGAUAUAGAGCUGCUCAGAGAUGGAAACUAAUGAGAAAGGCUGCAAUAGUGAUCCAAUGCUGGUUCCGACAAAUCUUGGCGAGGAAAGUUCUGUGUCAAUUAGUCUUUGCUCGCCAAGACAAGUCGGCGCUCUCCAUUCAGAGAGCUUGGAAACGAUAUCGAGUGGUCCAACAAUGGAAAUCGAGCAAUGCCUCUGCAACCACUAUCCAAUGCUGGUAUCGACAGAUUUUGGCCAAACGUGCUCGGGAUUACUUGGUUCAACGUCGUCGAGAAACGUCGGCGUGUGCAAUCCAGAAAGCAUGGAAACGGUUUCAAGUAGCUCGUAAGUGGAAGUCGAGGAACGUGGCUUCGAUCAGAAUUCAGUGCUGGUAUCGACGUGUGCUAGCCACCAGGGUUCUGCGCAAUUUACUUCAUGUUCGGCGAGAAACGUCGGCUCUCAAGAUCCAGAGAGCUUGGAAACGAUAUCGAGUGGUCCAGCAAUGGAAAUCGAGCAAUGCCUGUGCAACCACUAUCCAAUGCUGGUACAGGCAGAUCUUAGCGAGAAGAGCUCUUCAUCAACUCCGCGAAUCUCGUCGUGCGACUGCAGCAACCCAAAUCCAGAGGGCCUGGAGACGUCAUCAGUGUAUUCAAAAUUUCAAGUUCAAGAAUUUUACUGCAAUCAAAAUUCAAUGCUGGUUCCGACAAAUCUUGGCCAGGCGGGCUGUCAAAAAGUUACUUCUGCAUCGACGAGUAUUAUCCGCUUUCAAGAUUCAAGGGGCCUGGAGGAAACAUCGAGCCCGUGAAUGUGCAAGAAAGCGCAAAAAUGCAAUUGUGUCAAUUCAGUGCUGGUAUCGUCAAAGUCUGGCUCGAAGAACACUAGAGACCUUGCGAGCGGAACGCAACGAGCAAUUGUACCAAGAGAGAGUCAAAGUUGCCGGACUCUCGGUGCAAUCUGCCAUGAGGAUGUGGGUAGUUCGUAAGCAAUUUGUGCGCAUCCGACGUGCUGUGGUUUUGAUUCAGCGAGUCUACCGCGGACAUCGAGUUCGAGAGGCCUUCAAGGUCACUUGCAAGGUCAAACAAGAGGUGCUUUUGCCAAACUACGAUGUGAAUGAGGAAUUGGGCAAGAAAAUCGAGCAAGCCCGACAAAAAGUACAAACUGCCAACCAAAAUGCCACUGAGGACAAGAAAUUAGGAAAUAGGACAGCUUUAGCAUUGGACUGCUUAUACACCAGCCGAGAUAUGGCGCAACUUUUGCAAAUCCUGAAUGACUUGGAUGUGUCCACUCGAUUUUCUGCCAAUUGCUGUGACCAAAUCGUAGCGGAAAAGGAUCGGUGCAUUCGGAUUCUGCUAGAUCUUUUACUGCGAUGUAAUCGUUCCAUUCCACAUAUGGAACUCAUUUCCACCACACUAGACGUGUUCAUUAGUUUGGCCAAGUACGAACCGUCCCGAGUGAUCUUGAACGGGAUAGCAAAUGACCUAGUCGGAACGAUCAUGGAGGUGCUCCACAUCUUCUAUAAGGACAAAUUCGUGGACAUAUACACCAAAGGCUUGGCCCUUCUUUGGUUAUUGUCCUUUGAUGACAACGCCCAGACCAUCAUGCGUUCAGCAAAUGUCACCAAGAAAAUCCUGGAGAUGCACAAAUUCUAUCACCGCAUUCACUCGAAGCAACUGGAGCAAGAGAGAAGACGAAGCAACUACCUACCUGCCCAUUUCAAGAAAUCCCAAGCCAAGUUCAAAAUCCAAAAAUUAAGCCUGUGUCCGCCUUGGAAAAUGCGAUCCCAUGAAAUUUGUCACCACAAGGAGCCAUUCUUGGCCUCUGAGGUGGUACUCAAAAGGCUAGCCUUGAAGCCCUUACCAUUGCCCUAACCAUCUCUGUGUAGAGUGUGAAACAACAAUAAAGCCAAUCAUACAAAAUUG